AUGCCCAUGCAAGAAGAUCGACCAUCUAUCAUGUUUCUCAAGUUUCUAGCAGAUAAUGCGGCCGAUUCGACAAAAGCUUCCAAGACCCGAGGAUUAACCUUUAGGAAAGGGUAUUACAUUUUCUAUGGGACUCUUAUGGACCCGUCGUUGCUGUCAAAGGUCUUGCAGAUAUCCGGGUCUCCCAAAAUGCGACCUGCUAUGGUUGUUGGCUAUCACACUAAGCUCUGCGGUCAAUAUCCUGCGCUAUCGGGUGGCCUACCGCUUCACACUGUUCAUGGAGUAGCAUAUGAGGUCCAGUCCCAGGAACAGUUGGAUCGUUUGGUCAUUUACAUGACGGCCACGUAUAACACAGUGCCUUGCUUGAUUCAAUUUCUCGACGGCGAUCAGGCUGAUGAUAAUCGUUUUGGGUGA